GGGCGCAUGUGUCAAUCAUCGAUUUUCCAAUGGCGUCACUGUAAGUCGAAGGUCAAGAGCGAAGCAGCAUGGCCGCUCUGUUGAGGGGCUCGCGGUGUCUAGCUGGAAAGUGUCAUAAUCAUGUCAACGCCGCGCAGGUUUCCAUCAGGUCCAUGGCCUCUAAAACCCAAGUGGGCUUCAUUGGCCUGGGGAACAUGGGAAACCCAAUGGCAAAGAACCUCAUGAAACAUGGAUAUCCAGUGAUAGCCUCGGAUGUGUUUCCAGAGUCCUGCAAAGAGCUGCAGGAGCUAGGAGCUCAGAUCCUGGACAGCCCUGCGGAUGUGGCAGACAAAGCAGAUCGCAUCAUCACAAUGCUUCCCUCAAGCCCCAACGUUAUUGAUGUGUAUACAGGCCCAAAUGGCAUCCUGAAGAAAGUGAAGAAGGGAUCCCUACUCAUUGAUUCCAGCACUAUUGAUCCAGCUGUCUCCAAGGAAAUGGCAGUUGCCGCAGAGAAACUGGGAGCUGUUUUCAUGGAUGCCCCAGUGUCUGGAGGUGUUGGUGCUGCCACUUCUGGUAAGCUCACCUUUAUGGUUGGUGGGCUAGAGGAGGAGUUCAAUGCAGCCAAGGAGCUUCUGAGCUGUAUGGGUGCUAAUGUGGUGUACUGUGGCCAAGUUGGCACUGGACAGGCAGCUAAAAUCUGCAACAAUAUGUUGUUGGCCAUUGGGAUGAUCGGAACAGCGGAGACCAUGAAUUUGGGAAUCAGAUUAGGGCUUGACCCGAAACUUCUGGCGAAAAUCUUGAACAUGAGCUCUGGCCGCUGCUGGUCGAGUGACACAUACAACCCUGUCCCGGGAGUGAUGGAGGGAGUGCCCUCAGCAAACAACUACCAGGGUGGCUUCGGAACUACACUAAUGGCCAAGGAUCUGGGACUUGCUCAGAAUACAGCAACUAACACAAAGACACCAGUGCCGUUGGGCUCUCUGGCGCAUCAGAUUUACCGUAUGAUGUGCGCACGCGGCUACGCCAGCAAAGACUUCUCAUCUGUCUUCCAGUUCCUUCGAGAAGAGGAGGGCCAAUAGACGACAACACUCUCUGCCUCUUCGGCAGCCUUACCCAGCACUGCCUGCCUUUCACAUGACCUGACAUGCAAAACUUUGACCCAACUAUGUGAUUUCAUUGGCAUGCAUGUGCUGGGAGCCAUAAAUGAGUGAAUGAAUACAUAUGUGGAUUGGAUGAUAGUGGGAAAGAUGUGUUUAUUUUGUUAGUGUGUGUAGCAUUUGAGUUUCUGUUGGAAUCAUGUUACUCAAGUACAAUUAGUAAUCCACCAAUCAGUUGAUGAGAAGCUGUGACUUUAAUGUUUGUUCAGAUUUUUUUUCUUGCCUCCGUUGCUGUUCUGCAGGCUGACGAAAGAUUUCAAAUGUAUCAUUUCAUUCUCACCAACCACUAACUCGCAAGACUCGGAUUAGCCGUUACACUCCAUUUCUUUGCAAAUGUACACUUUAAGUUUCUGUGUCUUUUGUGUAUCUGUUGAGUCAGAUUUUCUGUUGGCUACUCUUGGUAACUGUUAAUGGUGUUGGAUCUACAUGUUGUAUUCAUGUAUAUUUAAACACCUGGAAAUUAAAGCAGGAUAUGUCUGUAUCUUUGA